AUGCAAACUUGGAAGAUAUACACUAGAAGGGAAGAUCCUGUCUCACAUGUUAACAACUUUGAGAAACAAACGAAUCUCCAAGGGGUUAAAGACAAUGUUUGUUGUAGGAUCUUUCCGGGCACUUUAUCCGAUAUUUCUCAACAAUGGUUUUUCAAACUGGAUCCAGGAACCAUUACAUAUUGGGAUACAUUUGUGAGGCUCUUUUACUCACAAUUCUUUCCUACUCGUAUCCCACUUGCUGAGCUCAAUGAACUUGUUGACAUUAAGCAAGGACUGAAUGAGCCUCUGAAGGACUACGUGCAGAGGUUCAUGCAAGAAGAUGCCCGAUCAAAGAUGGUCAGCGAUGAGGGAAAAUUGAUGGCCAACAAGGCUGGAAUCCAAAUAAAGGGUCCCAUAUGGACUGACUUAAGGAGGAAAACCAUCUACUCAACAAGAGAGCUCUUAGAUCAAGCAGACGAGUUCAUUAAACUAGAAGAGGCCAUCAGAAGAGCAGAUCAAGCCAAUCAGGCAGGUACCAGUACAACCGUUCCAACCAAAGACAAUGGAGCUCCAAACCAGAACCAGAAUCAGAUAACCAAUAGUAAUGGUAAUGAAAAUAAUAAUGGACAAAAAAGUGGAAAACGAAAUAAUAACUCGAACGGUGGCAAUAAUUAA